AUGCGCCACUGGGAGGCCACCACCUCGAACCUCCCCUCGCCGCUGCCCACGACCGGAGCAACAGCCACGCCCGACCGCUGCCCCAACCCGCGCCGCUUGCCGGAAAUGUCGCGUCAGAUUCGGCCGGCACGCCCCACCUCCACCAGCUCCAGCCCACCUCCGGCCGAGCCAGAGCCUGUAGAGAAGGGAUCCACCAGAUCCGCCCGCAGAAGCCCGUGGCCAGAUCCGAACCACCGCCGCCACCACGGGCACGCAGCUGCCGCGCCGCCGCCGUCACCCACCACGCCGCCGUCGGGAGCCACUGCCGCCGCACCACCGAGCCCCGCGUAUGCCCGCCGCCGCCGCCAGAACAGGCCACCCCGCACCGGCCAACCCCCGAGCGGCGGAGAAUGGGGCCCGCCGCCAGCCACCGUGAGGGGCUUUGCCCCGGCCGGCGGCGAGGGCGGGGAGGAGACGAGAAGGGGUGAAGCCGCGCCGCCGCCCGAGUUGUCCGGUGGGAGGGGGAGGGGGGUGGACGACGCGGGGGCUGCCUAA